CUGACCUUCAGUAUAAAGGGGUUCUUCUCACACUUAUGGUUAAAGUGUUACUAAACCCAGGACCCUGCACUCACUAUAUCUGGUUUCCCACAGACCCUGCAUUCACUAUAUCUGGUCUCCCACAGACCCUGCAUUCACUCUCUCUGGUCUCCCACAGUACAUACACCAUGGAAAUGCAAUUAUUUUAGUAAAUAUAAAUUGAUAAAUACCUCAUCAGCAGUUAGAGCAGUCUUGUGACUUCUAUCACUGUCCAACCGAGUACAUGUUAAAGCUUGUAGCAUGAGUUUUCAUUCUCCUCUAG